UAUAAAUUCCUCUGUUUUGGAUGACAUGAUUAAACAGUAAACGAUAUGCCUUCCUCCAGAAGAGAGCUCCAAGGGCCAAGACCUCCACCAUUGACGGUGAACAAGGCUUCAGGGAGAGGAAAGAAGCCGGCCACCGGUGGCACCGGCAGCUGCAGUGGUCGAGAUCCAGUCGUCAUCGUCUAUGUGGACUCGCCGAAAGUGAUCCACACCAGGCCGCAGGAUUUCAUGAGCCUGGUGCAGCGCUUGACUGGAAAAUCAUCAUCAUCUUCUUCGUCAUCUCACGUCACCCACUGUGGCUCCAAUCGCAGCGGUCAUGGAAAAAGAUCAUCGUCUCCGGCGAUGAUCGAGGUCGACGGAGAAAGAGGAGAAGGCGUAGGAGGGGACUCGUUGCUGCUUACGCUUGGCUCUUCUCCAAUCUUUUGUCCAAGUGUGUUUGAGUCUUCUCCUGAUUACACGUCCUUUAAGGUUCCUCGGAAAUUAAUAGAGGGAUCAAAAAUGGAAAAUGAGCAGAUAACUAAUUAAGUGCUAUUUUUUAUAUAUAUAAUA